AUGAACCUCGUACCGAUGGCAGCCGUGGUGGCGGUGGCCGAGCCGGAGCUGAAAUGGCUGUCGCUGUGGCCCCGUCUCCGCUGGGCGGCGGUUCUGGUGGUCCUGCUGGCCUCACUGCUGAUGCUGCUGCCGCCGCUGCCCUCUGUCGAAGAGCAGUGCCAGGCUGUCCUCAAGGGCCUGUCCCUCCUGAAGGGCCGGCUGGGGCUGGGCUACGUGGGCAUCGCCACGUACCAGGGGCAGACCACCGGCCUCAGCGUGACUUCCUCCAGAUUGGAGCUGCUGGUGCUGAAGCCCAAAGUCCCCGCAGAGGUCCGGCUGGAAGCCAGAGCAGCGCUGAAUCAAGCCCUGGAGAUGAAAAGGCAAGGGAAGCGGGAGAAGGCUCACAAGCUCUUUUUGCACGCCCUCAAGAUGGAUCCGGACUACGUUGAUGCUUUGACGGAGUUUGGCCUCUUCUCCGAGGAGGAGAAGGACAUCAUUCAGGCCGACUACCUGUACUCCAAGGCGCUGACAAUCUCUCCUCGUAACGAGAAGGCUCUGAUCAGUCGCGACCGGACAUUGCCCCUGGUCGAGGAGAUUGACCAGAGAUACUUCAGCAUCAUCGACAGCAAGGUCCAGAAAGUGAUGUCCAUCCCGAAGGGCAGCUCUGCCCUGCGCCGGGUGAUGGAGGAGUCUUAUUACCACCACAUCUACCACACAGUGGCCAUCGAAGGGAACACCUUGACGCUGUCUGAAAUACGCCACAUCAUCGAGACCCGCUACGCCGUCCCUGGGAAGAGCCUGGUGGAACAAAACGAGGUCAUUGGCAUGCACGCCGCCAUGAAGUACGUCAACGCCACGCUGGUGUCUAGGAUAGGGGCCGUGACUCUCAGCGAUGUUUUGGAGAUCCACAGGAGGGUGCUGGGGUAUGUGGACCCUGUGGAGGCCGGGCGGUUUAGGACUACCCAGGUAUUUGUGGGGCAUCACCUUCCGCCCCACCCACGAGACGUGGAGAAGCAGAUGCUUGAGUUUGUGCAGUGGAUCAACUCCGAGGACGCCAUGAGUUUGCACCCGGUUGAGUUUGCCGCCUUGGCCCAUUACAAACUGGUGUACAUCCACCCCUUUGUAGAUGGCAACGGAAGGACCUCCCGCCUCUUGAUGAACCUCAUCCUCAUGCAGGCCGGCUACCCGCCCAUCACCAUCCGCAAGGAACAGCGAGCGGAAUACUACCACGUCUUGGAGGUGGCCAACGAAGGAGACGUCCGGCCGUUCAUCCGUUUUAUUGCCAAAUGUACUGAGACCACCUUAGAUAUGUUGCUCAUUGCUACCACAGAGUAUUCAGUGGGCCUACCGGAAGCACAUGGCAGCACCACGGACUGCAAGCAGACCAUCUCAGUGAAAACCCGGCCAUGAACACUGGUGUGG